UCCCGCUCCACCAUGCGGCAGAAUAGCGGCACUGGGACUCUCUCCGGGAGAGUGAGUGGGAGAGUGAGUGAGGCGGCAGCAACUGCGGAGCGAUGGGGCUGAGAGCGGGUGAAGGCACUGCUUCCUCCGCCUUUACCUAGUGCUCCCCCGGGCAAGGCAAGGGGCACAGAGCGGCGCUGCCCCCUUCCUGCUGAUUCCGUCUCGUUGUGGCUGUGAAACUGGAGGCGAGGCGUUGCUGCUCCUGCCGCUGGUGCUGCUGCUGCUGCUGCUGCUGCUGCCAGUGACCUGCAGUGCUCGCUGUCUCUGUCUCCGUGCCCCUGUGCGCUGGCGCUGGCGAGCAGUGCAUUCCUCCCUCCCUCCCUCCCUGCCCGUCUCUCGCUCACACCUCUCGCCAGCCGACCGGCGAUGCAUCGGAUAUAACGGCAUCAGGGCAGCGGCAGCAGCAGCAGCAGCGCUCACACACACACACACACACACAUAUACACACACACACACCGGCCAUGGGCAAGGACCAGGAAUUACUCCACGCUGUCAAAAGCGAAGAUGUGCCAGCGGCACAGAAGCUCCUGCAGCGGCCCAGACAAGGCAAAGCCAAGCUUCUAGGAUCUGCAAAGAGAGUCAACGUGAACUUUCAAGACCUAGAUGGGUUUUCCGCGCUGCACCAUGCUGCCCUCAAUGGGAACACUGAGCUCAUCUCGAUGUUGAUCGAAUCCCAGGCUUUGGUCGAUAUCAAGGACAACAAAGCGAUGAGACCGCUGCACUAUGCAGCUUGGCAGGGGAAGGCAGAACCGAUGAAGAUGCUUCUGAAGGCGGCCUCCAGUGUCAACUCACAGUCGGAGGAAGGACAGAUCCCGUUGCAUCUCGCGGCUCAGCACGGACACUACGAAGUGUCCGAGAUGCUGCUGCAACAUCAGUCAAACCCAUGCAUCGUCGAUAUCGCUGGCAAGACACCCUUGGACCUUGCCUGUGAAUUUGGCAGAGUUGGGGUGGUGCAGUUACUUCUCAGCAGUAACAUGUGUGCAGCUCUGUUGGAAGCAAAGCCUGGAGACAUCACCGAUCCCAAUGGUACCAGCCCGCUGCAUUUAGCUGCCAAGAAUGGACAUAUCGACAUUAUAAGACUCCUGUUGCAGGCCGGAAUUGAUAUAAACCGCCAGACAAAAGCAGGAACGGCGCUUCACGAAGCUGCACUGUGUGGGAAGACUGAUGUGGUUCGCUUGCUGUUGGAAAGUGGAGUUAACGCACAUAUCAAGAACACCUACAACCAGACAGCCCUGGACAUUGUACACCAAUUCACAGCAACACAAGCAAGCAAAGAAAUCAAGCAAAUGCUCAGAGAUGCCUCAGCUGCCCUGCAGGUCAGGGCGGUGAAGGACUACUGUAACAACUAUGACCUGACCAGCCUUAACGUGAAGACAGGAGACAUUAUUACAGUCCUAGAACAGCAUCCUGAUGGGAGAUGGAAAGGCUGUAUCCAUGACAACAGGACUGGCAAUGACAGAGUGGGUUACUUCCCAUCAUCUAUUGCGGAGGUGAUAAACAAGAGAUCAGGUUCUUGGGAUGCAGUGUGUCAUGUUCACAGUUCUCAGCAAUAUCACAAGAUACAGCUUACGGCUUAUGGCACUACAAUUGUCAAUGGGGACUCCACACAACAUUUAAACUCCCUGUUGCCUCCCCCUCCACCUCCUCCUCACCAUCAUCAGCCACUUUUCAGUUCCUUUGGUUAUGACAGAACCAGUAGCAAUAUAGAAGAAUCACCUCAUGGACAAGGUUCCCGAGGAUCGGAAUCAAGCCCUUCCCAUCUGUCCCCAGUGCAACCAACCACGGCAACGUCUGAGGAGAUCUGGGUGCUACGGAAACCAUUUGCAGGUGGCGACCGCAGUAAUGCAGGCAGCACAGGAAGCGUGGCCAGCGUUCGGAGUUCUGGGAGCGGCCAAAGUGCAGGCACCAGCACCACAGCCUCAGGAUCUGACGGGAAUAAGCUACUGCAAGUCGUUCUCUCCCAGAAAGGAUCUGCUUCGGAAACAGCAGGAGGUGACGGAGCUUCCAAAUCCGAGCAAGCUGCAGGGGUUGUUCGGCCCCAGGGCGCGGCCAGUGGUCCUGUAACAGAGCAACCGUACGGCGAACCUCAACUGAAGAAGGCAGAGACACUAUCAGAAGCAAAGAACCCAGAAACAGUUUUUAACUGGCUCAGUGAAUUCCAACUCCAGCAGUAUGCUGCUAACUUUAUCAAUGCUGGCUAUGACAUUCCAACCAUCAGCCGCAUGACACCAGAGGCUCCUGUCUCCAUUCAGCCUCCUUCAGCUAAGAAGGAGGAUGAAUGUCGAGCAAGUGGUGGACUCCUCGUCAACUUUGGCACCAACUCAGUCGACAGGAGGCGUGCUGCCUCAGGGGCAAGGCAUUCUAAGCCAGACUUACCUCCCCCCAAGGAUCUAACAGCAAUUGGAGUAACAAAACCCGGACAUAGGAAAAAGAUUGCCAUUGAAAUAAAUCGCCUGAAUGUCUCAGAGUGGUUGCCCGACUACCAACCAAAUGAUCUGAUGGAAUGGCUCUCAAUCAUUGGCCUUGCUCAAUAUUACAAGACACUUGUGGAGAAUGGUUAUGAAAACAUUGAGUUUAUCACUGAUAUCACCUGGGAGGACCUUCAGGAAAUUGGCAUCACAAAGCUGGGUCACCAGAAAAAGUUUAUGCUCGCCGUGAAGAAGCUGGCCGAAAUCCAACGUGCUUCCAGGUAUGACUCGGGCACCCUGAAGAAGAAAGCCCCACAGUCCUUGGAGAUUGUUGCCAUUGAGUCUCCACAGGGGGAGAAUGCCGAAUGCCAAUCUCCCAAACUGUCCACCUUCCAAGACAGCGAACUGAGCAAUGAGCUGCAAGUAGCCAUGACCGGCAUCGGCGAAACCAAGGACCAGAGGCAAGCGAGCAACCACGCGUCACCUGCUCCGGAAAGCACAGCGUACCACCAGCCAGGGUGUGGGCAGGAAAGCGACAGCAGCAGCGGUGGUAAGGCCAACGGUACUGUAGCAGAUAUGUCAGGAGCGGGGAACCGCCUGCAGGCAGCGGCACUGUCCAAAAGCCAGGAGAACCUGGUGGCUCCCACCCACCGAUCCGGCUUCACCGAACACUUGGGCCACACCAAGCGGGCACACCGCCAAGGGGUACAGAGGGCCAGCGUGCCCCCGGCACCCGGGAAACAGCGGGCACCAUUGUCCCAUGGGCACCACCAAGCAAUGGUGGCAAUGUCCACCUUCACCCCUCCACAGACCACGACCAAGCCAGGGACAUGUUCGUCUCAGACCCUCAACGUGCCCCAUGCCACGGCCAAGGUGAAGCCCAUCCCUCAGCUGCUGCAGGCCGAGAGGCCCAUGUCACCCCGUUCGCCCACACACCGGGGCUUUGCCUACGUGAUCCCGCAGCCGUCAGAGGCCGAAUCCACAGCUAUGCCGGUGGUGCCGGUCCUCCGCCUGCCGCCUCCCUCCACCCCUCAAGAUGGGGGUCAUCACGACCCGGGCCGGCCCAAGAAGCGGGCCCACAGCCUGAGCCGCUACGCUGUGUCGGACAGCGAGCAGGAGAAGGACGAGCUGGCCUUGCCGGACGCCGGGCCGUACGCCACCAUCCAGCGGCGGGUGGCCAGGAGUCACUCGGCCCGGGCGCCGCCGGCCGCCGACUCCGGCGUCAACCGCAGCCAGUCAUUCGCGCUGAGGCCCAGGAAGAAAGGGCCGCCGCCGCCUCCCCCCAAACGCUCCAGCUCCGCCAUCUCGACCACUAACCUGGCCGACGACCUGUCCCGACCCGAGGAGAUGGCGGUGAUGCCGGUGGAGACGGUCAGCGCGGGCAGCGUCCGCUCUAUCGCCGCCAUGUUGGAGCUAUCGUCCAUCGGCGGCGGAGCGCGGGCUCUGUCCUUGCGCCGCUCCUUCAAGGCGCAGAGGUAUCUGGAAGGCGGCGGCGGCGGGCCGCGGGUGGCGGUGGCGACGCCGUUAACGGCGGCAAUCGCCGGUAGACGCCUGUCCCGCGACACCAUCGGCCUGGACGGCGAAGUCAUCAACCGCCGGAGGACCAUCAGCGGCCCGGUCACCGGGCUGAUCGCCGCCGUCUCGUCGCGCAGGGACCCGGCCAACAUCCAGGCUUUCGCCGAGGAUGGCACCCUGACCAUCAAGCAGCGACCACGGCUAGCCGGCGCCGACAUGGGGCAGCACGGCCAGGGCCUAAUGCCGUUAGAGCUGAGGAGAAGCAGAGUCAGGCCCGGCCACGGAGGAGACUCGGCCGCCUUUCACCUCAUCGAGUCGAGCACGGUGAAGAGGCGGCCGAAAGCCCGCGGAGCCGAGUCUCCUCCGCCACCUCCCCCUCCCUUCGGCACCCAGCUCCACAACGGCAUGGCGGCCGCCUGCAAGAGGAGGCCCGCCUCCGACAUGGCCGAAGGAGAGACCUACCCCAGCUUCCUCACCGUCGGAGACCUGCCCCGCAGGAACAGCGAGCACGGCGGGCAUGCCGCCAACGGAGAGUCCCGCAGGCCCCUCAAACCCCCCGUCUCCCCCAAACCAUCCAUCGGGCAGCCGGCGGCCAAGCGGACCGGGCCGCCGCCCACCAGGAAGACACCUCUGCCGGGUCCUGGCCCCGCCAGUCCAGGUACAGAGGUAAAGCGUGCACCUCCACCUGUUUCCCCUAAACCGAUUCUACCUCCCCCUCUUACCCCACCAAAGCCCAUCAAGCCCCAUACUAUUCUUCAGUCACUGAGCGCUGGUCCCACCCCAGUCCCUUCUCCCGCCAAGCAACCAACCAUCAAGGCAGCAAGUACACCAGCAUCCCUUUGCUCAAGCCCAGCUAAACCCAUUGCUGCGGGUCCGCCACACCAGGUUCCAGUCAAACCGCCAAGGUCUUCGAUAUCUGGGCCAUCCAUAGAGAUAGCCACGACAGAUGUAGCACAAAUGAAACUCGAGGAAACCAGUGCAUCGCUGGCAGCUGCUUUACAAGCCGUGGAAGAGAAAAUUAAACACGACGAGGGGCAGGAGCAAGAGCCGGCCACUGAGGUUAAGAGCACAGGCAGCAUUCUGGACGACAUCGGCAGUAUGUUUGAUGAUUUGGCAGAUCAACUGGACGCCAUGUUGGAAUGAAGGAAGGGAAGAAAGAUGGCAGGAAAACCUCAGGACUCAAUGUGGGCACAAUGAUCUUUGAAAUCCUACCCAGACCAGUCUUGGACACAAUCUCCCUUCCUGAACCCAUUUGAUUUUGUUUUGGUUUGCACAAUUCACCAAACAAUGGAAGUUUAUAUUACCUCAGGAUCUUACCGCGUGAAGAUCUGUGAAUUCACUGAUAUCAUCUUUGAAGGAAAACAAGGUUUCAAGAUUUGGAUAUGAAAUUGAAGCAGAGAUGUGAGGUUCAACUGUUUUAAUAUUGAUCUCGCAAACGUGAAAAUGUUUAAACUUCUAAAGUUACGGUUCAAAAAGAGUGUUAAUGCAAACUAUAGUAUAUGUACACUGUAUAGACGAGAAAUAAGAUAGGUUUGUAAAACAUCCAUCGCAGCCAAUGACAACUUAAACAAGUCCGCAAUGACUUGGUUGAAUUGUGAUUUUACAUUUCAAGUUGGGGUUUUUUCCCUUUGGGUGAAAGGCCAGUGAGAGAAACAGCUGGGAUUUAAAAUGACAUGUUUAUGAUACUUAUUCAUUGAUAGUUAUGCAUUGGUAGUAUAGUGGUUCAAUAAUUAUACAACAUUUGAUUGGAGGCAAAAGUUCCCAUCCCACCACAGAACCUUGGGUUUAGAUGUAACUAAAUAAAUCUAGAAUAAAAUGCUAAUAUAAAUGGUGAUCAUUAAACUAUCCGAUUGUAAUAAAAUUCAUCUGGUCCACAUAGGCCAUCCUAAUCAGGCCUAUGUGUUACUCCAGCCUAACAUCAAUGUGAGACCCAAAAUGUCACGUAUUCCUUUUAUUCGGAGAUGCUGCCUGACCUGCUGAGUUACUCUAGCAUUUUGUGUCUAUCUUCGGUGUAAACCAGCAUCUGCAGUUCCUCCCUACACAUCAAUGUGAUGACCCACUUGAUCAUCCACUUAAUGGCCCAGCAACGCAUUCAGGUCAGGGACAGCUAGGGAUGGGCAAUCAAUGUUGGUCAUGCCACCUAUGCCAAUGAAUAAAUGAAUAAAUAACACAUUGUUAGCUUUGUCAGUUAAAUGGCAUAAAGUGCAAAAGAGAGCAAUCUGCAGCUUCCGCGAUGAGAAGACCUGAGUUAAGACUUUCAGAGUUUUUGUGAGAUUUGACGUGGGUGAUUGAGUGAUUUGUGACAGAAAUACAAGCAUUUCUACUUUGCUUUUUAUAGUCUUGGGCCAUCACAAAGUGCUCUACAACCAAUGGAAUGAUCUUUGAAGCCUAGUCACUGCUGUAAUGUGGGAAAUGGUUUUUAUAGAGACAUUUGAUGAAGGAUUAACAUUAUUGGUUAGGAUGAAAUUAUGUUUGAGAGUUAGAGAGCUGCCUUGAAUGAUUAAUUGAUAAGUACUGCACCCA